CCCUGACUCAUUCUAUAAGUACUUCUAGGAGUCAGCCAUACACUGUUACGACGCCAGCUUAUGUACUGUAACGAACAUAUCGGAAGAACGAAGGUGCAACGAUCAAUUAUCGCCAUUAUGGAGGCAGCGAGUCAAUCGUUGCUAUCUCGCAACACUUUAUUCGCACUUAUGUAGCGCCCGGCCCAGUAGGAAGGAUCGAUUCACUAUUACAUAUGCGCACGAUAUAUAAACUGUGGAUGCAUCACCACCUCCGAGUCAUUACUACCCUCUUCGUGUUCUUUACGUCGUGGGGGGCGCUUCGUUGUACGGGAUGUUAGCGAAGACUUUGUUCCGCGUCGUCUUAGCAGGUGCACUUGCUCACUCUAUUGGCGCGAUACGUUCGCCAAAUGAGCUUCACGCAAUGCAACGUGAUGCCCAGGCUCGACGUGCUAAAGCCCUCACGGCUCGUUCUUCCGUUUCGGAUGCCAGUCCCCGAGAGGUUCUCAAUGAGCCCAAGAGGAGUACUGUCCCGUUUUCCAAUCCAGAGGCCCAAAAAUACCAUGUCGAUGGGAAAAAAAUUCCAGACGUUGACUUUGAUGCCGGUGACAGCUGGGCAGGCUUGAUGCCAAUUUCCGCCAAAAAGGGAGAGAAGCAAAAGCUUUUUUUCUGGUUUUGGCCUUCGAAAAUUCCUCAAGUUGAUGAUCUCGUGCUCUGGACGAACGGCGGUCCUGGGUGUUCGUCACUGAUAGGUCUCUUGGAAGAGAAUGGUCCGUUUAAGUGGCCACCGGGAACUGCGAAACCUAUCCCCAACCAGUGGUCGUGGACAAAUCUCACUAACGUUCUCUGGGUAGAACAACCUGUCGGAACCGGGUUUUCUCAAGGCACCCCUGACAUUCACGACGAUGACGAGUUGGCAGCUCAACUUGCCGGAUUCUUGGUUCAAUUCUUGGAGGUCUUCAAGGAACUGAAAGGAAAGAACUUUUAUUUAUCGGGAGAAUCAUAUGCCGGAUACUAUGUGCCGUAUAUUGCAAACUACCUGUACGAACAUCCUGGAUUGGUCCCUCUUAACACGAAGGGGAUUUGGAUCACUGAUCCAACUGUCUCAUACGACAUCGUGACGGAAUACAUCCCCGCCUACAAGUUUGCUGAAAAAUGGAAAAAAGUCUUCGGCCUAAAUGAUUCGUACCUCCAGACGCUCAAGAGCGCCUCGGAUUCCUGCGGCUUCACGGACUAUGCGGCGACCUAUGCCACAUACCCACCUCGACCAGGCCCGUUCCCUUUACCUUCGCAAGCUUACUUACCAGGAAGCAUACCGAAUUCUGUGAACAUUACGAGUGAAUGUUUGAUACAGGAUGAUAUCUACAAUGCGACUUUGAUGGUGAACCCGACUUUCAAUAUUUAUAGGAUCUUCGAUGUAUGGCCUCCUCGUUGGGACGUGCUUGGGACUCUGGGGUCUUCCCCAAACUCUCAAUCCCCUACUUACUUUGCUCGAAAGGAGGUCCAGAAUGCUAUUCAUGCUCCUAACAUCGAAUGGAAUGAGUGCACAAGAGAUGUAUUUGUUAAUGGACAAGAUAACUCUGUUCCUUCGAUGCUAAGCGUCAUGCCGAACGUCAUUGAAAAGAGCGAACGGACAGUCGUCAUGCAUGGGUUGCUUGAUUUCCUCCUAAUCGCUGAAGGGACAAGAAUCGCCAUUCAAAAUAUGACUUGGGGAGGCUUGCAAGGUUUCCAAACCCCUAUCGUCGAGGAAUCAUUCGUCAUCAAAGGGUUUGGUGCAAUUGGAAAUUUGCAUCAAGAGCGAAAUUUGACAUAUGUGGAAGUCAAUCUUGCUGGACACAUGAUGCCGGAAUAUUCCCCUUGGGCUGCCUACAAGACCCUCUGGUACCUCCUCGGACGAGGCAGUUUAACGUCAGAUGAAAUCGAUGACGGAUUGUAUCCUAACAACUAUCAGUUUUUCGGGCAGUGGUCUCCGCCCCCCCCUGAGCACCACCAAAACCGAUUCCGGGGUAUGACUGCCCCGUAUCGCCUCUGGCUGCCCUGGGCCGACUCUGCACGACACUAGAGAGAAAAACCGCUUCAAACUAUCAUAUUUAUGUAAAUGCUAUCAAAUGCAUAAUCACUUCUUUCAUGCGAGCUUAAACAGUUGUGUAACACUGUAAGACGCUGGUCCUAUCUGAGGGAUCGCUCGAUAAUACAUGAGGUUUUCAGCAAAAGACGCGGCCAUCCAUGCACUGCCAAUCACCGAAUAUUUAUAUCAAAUUUACAAUAUAUACAGC